AUACAAUGAUGAGAAGAGCCCAUCAAAUGAGGAUUUCUUUAUCUACAUUGAUUUCCGAAAGGACUCCAAAAUCUGUUGUGAUGUCCUAGAUUAUCUAUACACCUAUUCAUACACAUCAGGAAAAAAAAACAAGCAAGAUGUGAUUUCUUACGAAAGCAUGCAGUGCAAAGACUACUACAACAGGAGGGCAACUGUGAUGCGAUUUUAUGAUUAAUUUAUAAUUCAUUCCAAGUUUAUAAGGAUGUGGCUUAUUUCCUUAACAGGUAUAUUUCUGUUAGCCAAUGUCUGUAGUGGAGACGAAGAGACAGAUGGUGAGAAUUUACUUCAGGCGAUUCUGGACAGCCUACAGAAGGAGCAGACAUCGGAGUACAAAAGUACCCCCACCACCGCGUAUCUACCAAAUACAUCGACAGCUGACAUGACGUCACGGAGCAGUUCGGACUCCGGAGGUUUUCCUUCUCGAAUGUUGAACAGCAUGGGAGGACCAGACAACGCAACAGGAACUAACUUAGAAAACAACACUACCCGGUUUCCUUCCUCCACAAGGGCGAGUUUAUUUCCCGGCUCCAGUCCUUCAACAUUUAGCAGAACGCUAGAUCCUUUUUCUAGCACCACGAUGCCUGAGAGCCGCACGACUACUACCCUUAUUUCCAGGACUACGACAUUGAAAUCCUCGACAUGGUCUUCCACGCCGGAUACAGGACAAGACUGCGCAACCAAAGACAUCUUUCAGUCCCUCUGUACCGCGGACCUACCAAGUUUAGUGAAAAUUGCCAACAUAUGGGACGUGUACUAUGUGCUGUUUUCUAAUGACGUCAUCAACGAAUUAUUGCUCAACUGCGCAAGCGGAGAGUGGUGUAUCCGCGAUGAAUUUGAUAUUUUUCGCGCCAAAAUGGCUGAACAAGCCGACAUGGUCCUCAAUUCCGCCAUGUUUUCCGAGACGUGCGACGAAGUCUCGCUAGAUUGUCUUGAAAGUGUAGUUCAGAACUUCCAAUCAUGUUCCUUUGCAAGAAGACUGAACUUCACGAUGGAGUGCGUGAGAUUGAUGUGCUCUGUCAGAAAAAUGACGUCACUAAGUCUGCAGUGUACGUCACAGAUUCUUACUGCUCUACACGUCACAAUGAUAGAUAUUCUACGGAAGGAAAACAAAAAGCAGGAUUUGAAUGUUUUAUUUGAAAACGACACAUGCCAUACGACAAAGGCCUUGAUGGUAAAAACAUACCUUUGUACCUGCAGCAAAUGUUCAGAUGACGUAAUAACUAUAUUGGCCAGGUUCACUCCAUGGGCCUGGUUCCUUCAUGAUGUGGUUACACUGAAGACAAAAUGUCAGCUGGAAAAUGAUACAUGUGUAUCACGUGAUAUGGUCUUCAUGAUUGAUGACGGUGCAGUUCCGAUCCCUACACCCCCAAUCACACAGAUAUACAGAUCUUCGGAGAGUGGAUUUGUUGACAUACAAUCGAACCCAGUGGCUAUAGUGGGGAUUGGAACAGGUGCUUUCAUUAUGAUGAUUGGUCUCGUGGUUUUCAUCGUCAUAUUUGUUAAACGUCGAGGGAAAACACAGAAUCACGAGUACAAACCCCUGGAGACAAACGAGCCGUGAACAAUUGUUCAUCCUUUGAUAUAGAACUGAAACAUCUAAGGCUUCUAUGCCGUAGUACAUCGUUAUCUAUUAAAUGUGCAAUACCAGUU